AUGGGCCGACAAAAGCAAACAACGCCGCUGCAGCGAACCCCGUCGCAGUCGAUGCGGAAUGAGGUUGAAGCUCGGGAGAAAGAUACAAAUGGGACAGCAGAUGUCUCUUCGAUUGUGAAAGAAAGCGCACCCGCCAAAGCCGCAGUAGCAGCAAUGGAAACUGUAGCGGAGACUCCCGGUCUAAUGCAAUUGCUCAUUUGCGUCCUCGGUAUAUACGCAGCAUUCCUUUCAUGGGGUGUCUUACAAGAGGCAAUCACCACAACCACUUACUCUGUCCCCGCGACAGCCGCCAAUCCAUCACCUGCACCCGAACGGUUUACCUACUCGCUAGUCUUGAACACCAUCCAGUCCUCGUUUGCCGCCAUUACCGGCUUCGCAUACCUCUUGUUCUCCACCCCAAAGGGUCAGAAGGUCCCCUCGAUCUUCCCCACCCGCCGGAUCCUCGUCCCACUGGUCCUGGUGAGCAUUUCUUCUUCGCUCGCUUCGCCCUUCGGUUACGCCAGUCUGGCGCAUAUCGACUAUCUUACCUUCAUCCUCGCCAAGUCCUGCAAGCUUCUCCCCGUCAUGCUUCUUCACUUGACGAUCUUCCGCAAGAAAUACCCGCUGUAUAAGUACGGUGUUGUCCUCAUGGUUACCUUGGGUGUGGCCACGUUCACUCUGCACCACCCUGGCACGAGCAAGAAGGUGGCUGCAGCCGCAGAUAAGGGAGACUCCGGAUCGUCAAUGUGGGGUAUCUUCCUGUUGUCCAUCAACCUCCUUCUCGACGGCUUGACCAACACAACUCAAGAUCAUGUGUUCACUUCUCCCAAGUUGUACACCCGCUUCAGCGGGCCCCAGAUGAUGGUUGCGCAAAAUGUGUUGUCGACCAUUCUCACCACAGCUUAUCUCCUGAUUAUGCCGCAACUGUCCCAAAGCGGUAUUCUGCAUAAUUUGCUCCCAUUCCCGAUUCCCCCAUCUACUGAGACGGAACUGUGGUCUGCAGUCUCAUUCCUGCAGCGUCACCCCGAAGCCCUGAAAAAUGUUCUUGGCUUUGCUGCAUGUGGUGCUGUCGGUCAGCUGUUCAUCUUUUACACCCUGUCGCACUUCUCGUCUCUGCUGCUUGUCACCGUAACGGUGACCCGUAAGAUGCUUACCAUGCUUCUGAGCGUUUUCUGGUUUGGACACUCCCUGUCCGCUGGACAGUGGCUUGGAAUUUCCUUGGUAUUCGGUGGUAUCGGAGCCGAGGCUGUGGUGCAAAGACAGGAGAAGAAGGCUAAGGAACAGGCAAAGAUCGAAGCGGCCAAGAAGGCACAGUAG